CGCCUACAUCUCUUUAGGCUCGCUUCAUUUUCAGAGCAAUGUGCUUUGCACUUCCUCUUCUUCUCCCCUCCGCGAACCAUGUGUGUGUGUGGAUAUCUCUUUCGAUUCCUUUUUAUUUUACACUUUUAAUUCAUGCUGUGGGGUAACAAGUGACCAACAAGUUCAUUCAGAAUUUCUUUGACCUUUAAUCGUUGACAUCAGCAUAUUUUAUUAGGCUUUAUUUCUGUUGGAGUCUUACUCAGAGAGUAAGAGAUGGGGACGGUCGUUGAUGACAUCAGACAGCUAUUAAAAGACUGUGAGCUAUUUGUUUUUGAGAUACUCCAGGAUGAGAAUCUCAGUGAUCCUACUCAAGAGGCCAGGGAAAUUCUCCUACGAAAUUUUCAUAUCAUCCAAAAGAGAUACCCACAAGAAUUCCCCCACAGAUUUGAAUCCAAUCUUGAGGAUAGUUCAGAUGACAACCGCAGCUCCAGUCUGGGACGCUCUGCCCCCUCAGAUGAUAUGUCAGUGGCCUCUGACUACCAGGAGGAAGGUGCUUCUGAACUUUUUGAAGAGAUCCCUCUGGUGGCUGCACAGGACCUGAGUAACAUUCUAAAGCAAGGCUACCUGGAGAAGAAAAGACGUGAUCACAGUUUCUUCAGCAUGGAAUGGCAAAAGCGAUGGUGUGUUCUGAACAACACCAUAUUUUAUUACUUCGGGAGUGAGAAAGACAAGCAGCAGAAGGGCUCAUUUUAUAUCAAUGGCUACAGUGCAGAGCUGGUGCCCAGCUUACGCAAGGACUCCAAGAAGAAUUCAUGCUUUGAGAUGAGUGCUCCUGGAAGACGUUCUUACCAGUUCACUGCCAGCAGUCCCCGUGAGGCCAGGGAAUGGGUGGACCAGAUCAAUUUUGUUCUGAAGGAUCUGAGCUCUAACUUCAUCCCCUAUGACGAUGAUGAAGAGGAGGUGGAAGAAGAGGAAGAGACAUAUGAUGACAUUGAACGAGCUACCACACCACCACCACCACGUCCUGGGCCAGCAUCUGCUCCAGUUACAACCCCGAGUCUGGGACAAACCCCCCAAAGCAGCCGCAAGGAAUGGAAGGACCAAGCAGAGACUCAGGAAGAUGAAGAAGAGGAUGAAGAGGACAUUUAUGAAGUGCUUCCAGAUGAUGAAAAUACUGACAACGCUGAAGAGUGGAGUGAAAAGCCUGGGUCUUCAGAUUAUGCAAAUUAUUACCAAGGCUUGUGGGACUGUGAAGCUGAUAGACCCGAUGAGCUGGCCUUCCAGAGAGGAGAUGUCAUCCACAUCCUCAGCAAGGAAUAUAACAUCCAUGGAUGGUGGAUCGGAGAGCUGGAUGGCGCUAUUGGCAUAGUCCCCAAGGAGUUUUUACAUCCUGCUUAUAUUCUAUGAGGUUUGCUUUUUGUGAAGAUAACAGAAUGUUCAGCGUUAUAACACUUUAACACCUCAUCAUGGUUUGAGAACUGUCAAUGAUUAGAUAAGAAUGUGAAUUCAACAUGCAUUUUAGUCCAUUUAUAGAACCUUAACCAUAUCUGAGACCAAAUAGAUUUUCUUAAUUUUUUUUGUAUAUAAGCCUUUUUAUAUAUUUCAUGAUUAGUGUACACUGAGGCUUGUCUAAAUCUACAUUUCACGGGUUUUCUGAAUUGUUCAAACAUAAGCCACAUUAAUGCAAUUGGUGUACAUAAGAAAAACAUUUGUAGUGUAAGAACUUCUCAUUUAUCAUCACUUAAAGGUUGUGUUCUAUUUCAACAGCACAAAAUAUUGAAUACAAUUAUCCUUUUUAAUGUACAAUUAAGACCGUGACUGCAAAGAGCCAUUAUCAGUUAUUCUUUAGUAUGUUGAAAGUUCUUAACUCUGCAUUUGUUUUUGAAAUUGCUUAGUUCACAGUACUACUAGCAAUUUCAGUAGAUAUUACUCCAUGGAAAUAACCUGUCAUACCACAGUUUAAUUAAAAUAAAAAGCCUUGCCACUUUGGACUCAAGUAUACUUUUUGUGUAAAAUUUAAUUACAUGUAUUCAAAUAGGGACUGCAAAUCAAAUUACUUCUAAAAAUAUUCAGGAAAAAAGCACAACACAAGAACAGCACUUAAUGACGUGCCUUAAAUGUAUUGUAAAAACAAUACUUUAUUCAGCAAAAUGUAUCACAAAUGACAUUGGACAAAAUGAAACCAUAACAAGCUUCCAGAACUUGAUGAAUCAGUUAUUUCAGAUGAAAAUAUAAUAUUCCAUCAUGUAAUAACUGUCAGAUCACACUCCAAAUAAAAUCUCGCACAAUAACUGCCUUGUUUCCACUUUAGCCUACAUGUACAUUUCAGAUGAACAACAUAACCUGCUUAAGUGAAAUACAGCAUCAAUAAGAGCUUCUCUGCUUCUCAACCGGAGAAACAGAGCAUCAUGGGUAGAUCCAUAAUCACUUAACCCCUAAGGAAGCUCAGAAACACUUGAAAUGCAUUCAAAAACUACAUGGAAUUUGGCUUUUCAAAAGAUACAAAAAUGAAAUCCACUGUUGAAACAUUUCUUUAAAUAAAGAAA